GUCCCCCGGAAGUGGUUGUGAGGCGGUGGAGUUCGGCGCGGCUCUGUGCGGCUACCGGAGCGCGGCCACCAUGGCUUCUGCACGGGCACCGGCGGCGAAAGGCGGCGCCCGCCCCCCCGCGCCUGCAGAGUCCAAAAUUAACAACUCGAAUACAACUUCAGGGUCUCUUAGUGAUGCUGCAAAGAGCAAGCCUGCAGAAGAGAGCGAUGCUCCUCCUCCCAAGAGGGCCCCCAUCUUUUAUGGCAGUUUGGAAGAGAAGGAAAGGGAGCGUCUGGCAAAAGGAGAAUCAGGGCUGCUGGGAAAAGAAGGGAUGAAAGCUGCGAUUGAGGCUGGCAACAUCAACAUAAGCAGCGGUGAGGUCUUUGAUCUUGAAGACCACAUGAGCGAGCGGCAGGCAGAAGUUCUGGCUGAGUUUGAGCGCAGGAAGAGAGCCCGGCAGAUCAACGUCUCCACUGAUGACUCUGAAGUGAAGGCCUGUUUGCGAGCACUUGGGGAGCCCAUCACGCUCUUUGGAGAAGGCCCUGCAGAAAGGAGGGAGAGAUUAAGAAAUAUCCUUUCAGUGGUUGGCACAGAUGCAUUAAAAAAGACGAGGAAAGAUGACGACAGGUCUAAAAAAUCCAAAGAAGAGUAUCAGCAAACCUGGUACCACGAAGGACCACGCAGUCUGAAAACAGCGAGGCUGUGGCUUGCUAACUACUCGCUGCCCAGGGCAGUGAAGCGGCUAGAAGAAGCCCGUCUACUCAAAGAGAUUCCAGAGGCAACCAGGACAUCACAGAGACAGGAGCUACACAAAUCCCUGCGAUCCUUGAAUAACUUCUGCAGUCAGAUUGGAGAUGAUCGCCCGCUGUCCUACUGCCACUUCAGCCCCAAUUCCAAACUUCUCGCUACUGCCUGUUGGAGCGGAUUGUGCAAGCUCUGGUCUGUGCCUGACUGCAACCUUGUUCACACCUUACGAGGACACAACACCAACGUAGGAGCGAUAGUCUUCCAUCCCAAAGCCACUGUCUCCCUAGACAAGAAGGAUGUUAACCUGGCCUCGUGUGCGGCUGAUGGUUCUGUCAAACUCUGGAGCCUUGAAAGUGAUGAACCAGUGGCAGAUAUUGAAGGACACAGCAUGAGAGUGGCACGUGUGAUGUGGCACCCGUCUGGGAGGUUCCUGGGUACUACCUGCUACGAUCACUCGUGGCGCUUGUGGGACCUGGAAGCUCAGGAAGAGAUUCUCCAUCAGGAGGGGCACAGCAAAGGGGUCUAUGACAUUGCCUUUCACACGGAUGGGUCUCUCGCUGGGACUGGUGGACUGGAUGCUUUUGGCCGGGUGUGGGACUUGCGCACAGGACGCUGUAUCAUGUUUCUAGAAGGCCACCUGAAGGAGAUCUACGGGGUUAACUUCUCCCCAAAUGGAUACCACGUCGCAACUGGCAGUGGUGACAAUACCUGCAAGGUAUGGGACCUCCGCCAGAGGAAGUGCAUCUAUACCAUUCCUGCCCAUCAGAACCUGGUGACUGGAGUGAAAUUUGAACCCAAUCACGGUAACUUCCUGCUCACAGGCGCUUACGACAACACUGCAAAGAUCUGGACUCACCCUGGCUGGUCCCCUCUGAAGACCCUGGCUGGUCACGAGGGGAAGGUGAUGGGACUGGAUAUCUCCCUCGAUGGCCAGCUGAUAGCGACCUGCUCCUAUGACAGAACCUUCAAGCUGUGGACAGCGGAGUAGCUCAGAGGUGCUGCUUAUGAACUGGAAUGGAGACGUUAAUGGCUUUCAACUAAGACUUGUUUUUUUUUAUAUUAAAGAAAAAAAAAGAAAUCGGCUAUAGCAACAUGCGUUACGAUAGCUGUAGUCACUAGUUGGUCUUGGGUUGAGGUAUUUUUGAAGCGCUUCUGUUUCCCAGGGCUUGGUUGGAGUCAGAUCUUGGGUGAUGUUUUUCCACUUUUUAGGACUUUGGUUUUAUACCACAGAUAGUGCUUUCUGCUGUAAUUUGGAGACAGUCCAUAGGCGUCCACCCUCCCCUCCAAGUCAGGCUCACAGGCUUUCUCCAGCCUGUUCCGGUCAUUUGUAGGUCGCCAUACAGCCCUCGGGUAUGGUGUUAUUCAGCCUCUGUUAAUACCUUUCAUUUUCCAAGAGCCUUUGGUAGCCUGUGUGGAGAUUCUGUAAAUAAAAUGCAGAAGGCUCACUCGGGAGCAAGAACUUG